CAUGUCUACUUAAAUCAAUUAUUUUCUCUCUAGCUACCUCCCUUUCAUUUCAUUUCCAUAUAAACCCUAAACAGUAUACUGCUUCCCUCUCUGCCCUCUCCUUCUUUGUCCAAAUAAGAACCAACGAUGUUUUGCUUCCACGAUUUUAGCAAAAACAAACGUACCAAUCCUUGAUCAUUUUCAGAAAAACAAAGUUCUACCAGUCUUCCAAAAUUUUCUAGUACUGUUCAAACACAGAAAAAACUCCACAGAACAAGAUGAAAAGAAAAUUCUUCUUCUACUAGUCUUCUCACUUUCCCAUCAAUCUCUUCAUCAUCAUCAUCAAAUUCUUCACUUUCCUUUUUCCCCCUUUUUGGUAAAAAAACAAGGGUAUGGUGAGAAUGAACAGUAACAAAAUUUAUAAAGCAACCGAUCUAGAAUCACGAUCUUAUAUUUCCUUGCUUUGAAAUCUUAUUGUAGUGAUAAAAUUAGGCACAUAUAUAAAAACACAUAGUACCAUAUAUUUAUGGCUUCUUUUACGGAAGUAGAGAGUUCGAAUCAUCACGAGAAAGUCAACAUCCAAACAGUUAACAACAGUACUAGCAUCCAAAUCUCUGCAUCUUCUUCAAGUUCAAGCAGAUACGAAAAUCAGAAGCGAAGGGAUUGGAACACUUUCGGUCAGUACUUAAGAAACCACAGGCCUCCACUCACCCUCUCCAGAUGCAGUGGUGCUCACGUCCUUGAAUUCCUUCGUUACCUUGAUCAAUUCGGCAAGACUAAAGUUCAUACUCCGAUGUGUCCAUUUUAUGGGCAUCCGAAUCCGCCAGCACCGUGCCCGUGUCCGUUAAAGCAAGCUUGGGGGAGCCUUGAUGCACUGAUAGGACGACUUAGAGCGGCCUUUGAAGAAAAUGGAGGAAAGCCUGAAACGAACCCAUUUGGUACUCGUGCUGUUAGGCUUUAUCUUCGUGAGGUUCGUGAUUUGCAGUCUAAAGCGAGGGGAGUUAGUUACGAGAAGAAGAAAAAACGGAAACGCCCUCCUCCCCCACCACCGCAACAGUUGUUGACUCAACCACCAUCAGGUGAAGCUUAAAACGUUAUGCUCUUAAUUACCAAUAAUUCAAUCUUCAGCGUUAAUCAUAUUUGCAGUACUGCUCGUUACAGUUAUCAUAUUUGCAGUACUGCUAGUGGUCUCUCAUCAGUUUCUGUAAUACUAGUGAUUAGUAUUGGACAUGGUUGUUGUACUAGUGUAACUUGUAAAAAUUAAAGAGUAAAUGUACGUUGUCUUCAGUCGUGAAAAUGAGCAAUCUAAUAACGUUUACAUCUUCA